AUGGUCACCACUCGCCGCGCCGCCAGCAGCGUGGCUGCCUCGCCCGCCGCCGCCGCGCCCUCUUCCUCCUCGGUGCCGCUCGCUCUCUCCUCUGCAGAGACGUCGUCCGCCUCCUCGGUCGCCUCCAGCAGCCGCUCCAGCUCGCCGUCGCCCUCGUCUGCCGCUGCCGCUGCAUCCACUGCCGCACACGACGACGACCAGGAGCUCGAGGACCUCUUCGCCGCCUCGGUCGCCGCCCACGAGGCCAAGCUCGCCGCCGCGCGCCAGGCGGCCGCCUUCACUGCCGACAACGACAUUGUGCGUCUCGACGGCACCACCGCAGCAAGAGUCGACCCCCAGCCGCAGGCAGCGCUCCACAAGGGCAAGCAGCCAGCUGCAGCCGCCCCGGUGGCUCACAGCGACGCAGCGGUCGACAGGCACCUCUCGCGCCUGGAAUCCGGAGAGGCUCUGGCGGAUGCGCGCGCACGACGGAAGGGUUCGGCGGCCGCGAAGCGCGAGGCUCAGGCUAAGCGUGCCCUCUCCGCGGGCCCGGGCUGGUUCGACAUGCCCGCCUUCCCCGGCGCCGCGACGAGCAAGGGCAGCGGCAUGAACGUGGCGUCGGCGUCGAGCAAGUACGUGUCGUCGGCGCGCGGCGCCACGGCCGAGGAGAUGCGGCGCGAGGUGCAGGCGAUCCGGCUGCGCAACGCCAUGGACCCCAAGCGCUUCUACCGUGGCGGCAAGGCGGACAAGGGCAUGCCGAAGUUCGCACAGCUUGGCCGCAUCGUCGGCUCAGAGCUGGAGCCGUCAUCGAUCGUCACGGGCGACCGCAAGGGACGCAGCGUGGUGGAGGAGGUGGUGCGCGACGCCGAGGCGGCGGCGUAUGCGAAGCGCAAGUUCGGCGAGCAACAAGAGCGCAACGCCUCGGGCGGGCGAGGGUACCUCAAGGCGAAGAGCAAGAAGCCGAAGCACAAGCGAUGA